UUUUGAUUUGCUUCUUGGUUUUGAAUGCUGAAACUUUUGACAGUUAGGCUUGUGUUAAAAGAGUGGCAGUUCUCUGAUGGUUCUCAUAACUUGAACCAUCUCCGUAUUAGCUCUCAACAAUCACUCUAUGGCUCAUCUAAUUACCCAUCAACAGCCGGAAGAAAGGUUAACAUCACUGUUGUUGAAGGAAAGGAUCUCAUUGCAAAAGAAAAAUCUGGAAAAUGUAACCCUUAUGUUAAACUGCAGUAUGGAAAGGGUCUCCAAAGAACAAUGACAGUCCAUUCUCCAAAUCCUCUCUGGAGUCAGAAGUUUGAAUUCAAUGAAGUAGCAGGUGAUGAAUACCUAAAGAUUAAGUGCUACUCUGAGGAGAUCCUUGGAGAUGAUAGUAUCGGCAGUGCUCGAAUAAGUCUUGAAGGACUUGUAGAAGGUUCUGCCAGGGAUGUAUGGAUCCCCCUUGAAAAAGUUAAUUCAGGAGAACUACGACUGCAGAUAGAAGCUAUUAGGGUCAACGACCAAGAAGGAUCAAGGGGUUCCACCACAGGUUCAGGCAAUGGCUUGAUUGAACUUGUUCUUGUUGAAGCGAGAGAUCUUGUAGCUGCUGACUUAAGAGGGACAAGUGAUCCAUAUGUAAGGGUGCACUAUGGCAACUUGAAGAGAAGAACAAAGGUUAUGUUCAAAACGUUGAAUCCUCAAUGGAAUCAGACCCUAGAGUUUCCUGAUGAUGGCAGUCCCUUAGAGUUGCAUGUGAAAGACCAUAAUUCCUUACUACCAACAUCAAGCAUAGGUGACUGCGUUGUAGAAUAUCUAAUGCUUCCUCCAAACGAGAUGUCAGACAAGUGGAUACCCCUUCAAGGUGUGAAAAGGGGAGAGAUACACAUUCAAAUUACAAGAAAAGUUCCAGAACUACUAAAGAAAUCCAGUUUAGAUGCUGAUCCUUCUUUCUGUAAAUCCAGCCAAAUUUCUAGCCAGAUCAAACAAAGCAUUACCAAGCUUCAAUCGUUAAUUGAGGAUGGAAAUAUUGAAGGGCUCUCCACAGCUUUGACUGAUCUUGAAGCACUCGGUUAUGAACGAGAAAAGAACAUGGUACAGCUCGAGAAUGAGCAAAUGCUUCUACUUGACAAGAUAAAAGAUCUUGGUCAGGAAAUCUCUAACUCUUCACCUUCUUCAAGUAGAUCUUCUGGAUCUUGAGCCUCCCUGAUCACUUUUUGUAUAAAUGUAAUGUUGCAUAUACAAAUUAUGUUAGAGAUAGAUGAAUGUAUUUAUGUAUAUGGUACUACGGUAAUUAUCCUCAUUGUUAAUGUAGCUUCCUGCUGUGUGAAGUUAUAUGUGAGAUUAUGGAUCCAUCAUAUAUUGAAAAAAUAUUGUUUUCAAUCUGGACUGGCAAAAAAGAAGUCAGUCCAAUUGGAAAUUGUUAAUAGCUGGGAGUAGAUGAUUUUUG